GUGUAAGUGGAGCCCAUUCUUGGUCCUAUGCUUUGCUGGCUUCAAGCUCUUCAUUGUUGGUUUUUAAUGGGGUCUGUCUGCUUUGAAGACCCUUCAAACCCUUAAAAAAUUGAAAAAAAAAAACAAAGUUCAAUUCAGUUCACCUCUUUUCUUUUUUCUGAAUUGCUGAUAGCUCAUUUUCAUUCUCUUCAUCAGUCUCAUCAUCUUCUUGCAACUACUCAAACUGAGAUUAAAAAAACAAACAAACCAAGGAAUAAAGAGAUAAAGAAGAAGAAAAAGGAGCAAUCUUUUUGAAAGAUUAUAUACAAAGAGACAAUUUUUCUACAAGCUAUAAAAAACCCAUCAUCAGUUUUAUUUCUUUAUAGCUUUUUAUAUAAUGGAUCUUCAGAUCUGAAAGUCUUUUUAGCUUUUUAUUUCUCUGGAUCUUUUUUUACCUUCUUGCUACCCUAACAUAGGGUAGGUGUCCCUUAAUUAUAAGGGGAAAAUAUAAUUUCUGUUCAAAGCUCAAAUCUUGCAAGUUUGUGGCAAAGUCACACAGGUUUAUGGAUUUUUGAUAUCAUAUACUUGAUCUAUUAGCCAAUUUUGAUCACUAUAUUUUGUCAAUAUUGUAGAACUUUUGGUUUUGUUGAGUUUCAACUCAUGUUGUUGUAGAGAUUGUAGAAGUGAUUGUAUAAUCUUUGAAGAUUGUAGAGGAAAAUUUUGGUAAGAAGAUAGGAGAGGAUUUUAUUUUGGUGGGUUGAAAGUUUUUUGAAAGUAUCCCUUAUGAAAUGUGGGGAAUUAUGAGGGUGGUUUGGUUGAGAUGAGGUAUGCUAUCUGGUUUCAUGAAUUUUCUGAGGGCCUGCUUGUGGCCAGAUUCGGAUCCUUCAGUCCACGCGGGUUCAGAUUCGAGUGGGCGUCAAGAAGGGCUUUUAUGGUAUAAGGAUAUUGGACAGCAUGUUAAUGGUGAAUUUUCAAUGGCCGUUGUCCAAGCUAAUAGUUUGCUUGAGGACCAAAGUCAACUUGAAUCAGGCAGCUUGAGUUCACUUGAUAAUGGGCCUAUUGGUACUUUUGUUGGUGUCUAUGAUGGGCAUGGUGGCCCGGAGACUUCGCGGUUUAUCAAUGAUCAUCUCUUUCAACAUCUCAGGAGAUUUGCUACGGAACACCAAUGUAUAUCUGCCGAUGUGAUUCGGAAAGCAUUCCAAGCAACAGAAGAAGGGUUUUUGUCUGUUGUUAGUAGGCAAUGGCCAAUGAAGCCCCAGAUUGCAGCUGUUGGCUCAUGCUGUUUGAUAGGAGUUAUAUGUAGUGGGACACUUUAUAUAGCUAAUCUUGGCGAUUCUCGAGCUGUUUUAGGGAGACUUGUCAAAGCAACGGGGGAGGUUCUUGCUGUUCAGCUCUCAACCGAGCAUAAUGCGUGUUUAGAGGCUGUGAGACAGGAGCUCCAGGCAAUGCACCCUGAUGAUGCUCAUAUUGUUGUGUUAAAGCACAAUGUUUGGCGUGUAAAGGGUCUUAUACAGAUAUCUAGAUCCAUUGGGGAUGUGUAUCUGAAGAAAGCCGAGUACAAUAGAGAACCUUUAUUUGCAAAGUUUCGCCUACGUGAGCCUUUCAAAAGACCGAUAUUAAGUGCAGACCCUUCAAUUUUAGUUCAUGAGCUACAGCCACAUGAUCAGUUUGUAAUAUUCGCUUCUGAUGGACUAUGGGAGCACCUUACCAAUCAAGAAGCUGUUGAUAUUGUUCAAAAUAAUCCGCGCAAUGGAAGUGCUAAAAAACUCAUAAAAACUGCGCUUCAAGAAGCAGCAAAAAAGCGAGAAAUGAGAUAUUCAGACUUGAAGAAAAUUGAACGAGGUGUCCGCCGUCAUUUUCAUGAUGACAUUUCUGUGGUAGUGGUGUUCCUUGACUCAAACCUCGUGAGUCGGGCUACCAGCGGAUAUAAGGGCCCACAAGUGUCAGUUAGAGGAGGCGGAAUCACCCUACCAUCGAAUACUCUAGCACCCUCAUGAGACGUUUCACUUACGCUUAUAUGCCUUUCAGAAUUUCGGGCUUGUUUUUGAUGGAGGAGAAGCAGGAAGGAGGUAAGUUAACGUGUUCUCAUGAUGUAUGCCAUAGCUACUUUUAACUUGGAACUGUGACGGUGGAUUUCAAGUUCAGUCAUGAAAAUAAGGACAGUAUGAACGAGAAGAUCAGAAAAUCUCAGGUGAUGAAUGGUUAUGGUAGUUAAUUUCCUCAUAUUGGCUAGUAUCAUUUGUUACGACAAUUUUUCCACUUUUGCCCUAUCUAUUUGUUAAAUUCUAUUGUUUGACUUACUAUUUUCAGAAGGGUUCUUUUAGGCCCAUUGUAUAAAAAAACAAGGGAAAGAAAAAGAAGCCGUUUCGGCUAUACACUUCACUCUGAACUUUGGAAACUAUCUUCUAAGAUGCUAACUUAAGGCAAAGAUGUGAUUUUGGCCUUCGUUUCGUUGU